AUGUCACACAUCUCCAGACCCCAGGGCUCCACCAGCGACGUCGACAGGCGUCGACAGGCCAACUGGCCAAGCACAUCAACAAUCUCGAGGAGACUCGAGUCAGGUUUCAUGACGACCUUCGCCGCCACGGCCGCACCAUCCCAUUCAUACAGCCGCAAACUAUCCCCCUCUUAUCCUUCAAACUUGUUUCAGACCAACCGGAAUGCACACAGCGACCUCCGAAUGUCACUCGACCCGCUGACGAAGACCUUGGUCCUUGGGUGUCAGCAGUUCCUUAAGCUGCUGGCAGUAGACGGGGUUCAUGCCUGCCAAAACCUCAUCUGA